AUGGGUUCAAUUUAUGAGAUUCCAAUGCCUCCAAAAGCAAAUGGUCCUGCCACUAUCCUGGCCAUGGGCACAGCCAAUCCACCAAAUGAGUUUAUUCAGGCAGACUAUCCUGAGUACUACUUUCGUAUUACCAAUAGCGAUCAUUUAACCCAUCUCAAGAGCAAGUAUCAGCGCAUGUGCGAUAAGUCAAUGAUUAAGAAACGUUACAUGCACGUAACCGAAGAGACCUUGAAAGAACACCCUAAAAUGUGCGAUCGCAAGGCUUCUUCCUUAUCAGCCCGCCAAGCAAUCCUCGCCAGUGAAGUCCCCAAACUCAGCAAAGAAGCAGCCGAUAAGGCCAUCGCUGAGUGGGGCCAACCCACGUCUAACAUCACUCACCUUAUCUUCGGCACCAACACUUUCUGCGACACCCCCGCUGCUGACCAAUACCUCGCCAUGCUUCUCGGCCUUUCGCCUUCUGUCAAGCGCUUUGUCCUCCGCCAGGGUGGCUGCCACUCUGGCGGAAUGCUCCUUCGUAUAGCCAAGUCCAUGGCUGAAAACGAACGCGGAGCUCGUGUUUUGGUUGUAUGCGCGGAGUUGAGUACUGUUAUAUUUUACCAUGCUCCCGAUGACACUAAUCUUUUACCGCACACCUUAUUCGCAGAUGGUGCUGCGGCAUUGAUCGUAGGUGCUGAUCCUGAUGAGCCUCUAGAAAAACCUAUUUUUCGGCUCGUGUCAGCCGACCAGACCACAAUUCCCGGUACAGACGGGACUAUACAAGCCCGUCUGAGGGAAGAGGGUAUGGUCGGGGACAUUAGUCCUGACGUACCUAAACUUAUAUCCAAAAAUAUCGAAAAUUUGUUGAUUGAAUCUUUUGAGAGAAUUGGGGUCAAAGACUGGAACUCCUUGUUUUGGAUCCCUCACCCUGGAGGUCGAGCUAUAUUGGACCAGAUUGAAACUGAACUCGAACUUGAGCCGAGCAAACUGAAUACUACUAGGCAUGUCUUAAGCGAGUAUGGGAACAUGUGGGGUGCGAGUGUGAUGUUCAUAUUGGAAGAGAUGAGGAAACAAUCGUCGAUGGAGGGCAAAUCGACAACCGGAGAAGGGUUGGAAUGGGGUGUGUUGUUUGGUUUUGGUCCUGGCCUUACUGUUGAAACCAUUGUGCUUCAAAGUGCUCCACUUAAUUAAUUGGGAUUAAGCUGUUAUACUAAUUAAUUAUAGGAUUUUUUGUAAAGAACUACCUUUUAUAAUCCAUUUUUUGCGAGAAACUACCUCAAAAACGAAAUGUUGUAAUUAACUACCUAAUAAAAUACAAAAUGUUGUAAUUGACUACCCUCCACCGAAAAGUCAAGUUUGACUUUAUUUUACCGGCGUUGAACUGGACACGUGAGGGUCACGUGACCUUUAAAAAAAAUAAAACCCCUUUUUUCCCUUAUUCUCCUCCCAGUUCACGAAUUCCCCUCAUUUCAUCCCCAAAUCCCUAAUUUCAAUUCGAAUCUCCCUUCUUCUUAUCAAUUUCCUCCUCAAAUUGGGUAAUUAAACCAGAAAUCGUUCUACUUGUGUGAUUUUGAUGGUGUA